AAUACUCUUGUUUUGGAAAUAAAAAAAUAAAAAAACCUUAUUUUGGUACAAUUUCAUACUCUUAUUUUUUCUAGACAGGUUGCUAUAAACUCAAACUCAUGAAAACUUACUAUUGUACGAUGUUUUUUUGUUCUCCUGCAAUACAAGGUAAUAGCAAGGGUAUUCCAACGGGAUGUGGAUCAAGAAGGCGGCUGGACUGGGCAACUCGGUUGAAGGUGGUGAAAGGAGUGGCAAGAGGGCUCUCCUACCUCUACGCCGAGCUGCCCAGCCUGACCGCCCCGCACGGCCACCUCAAAUCCACCAACGUCCUCCUCGACGCCGCCUUCGAGCCGCUGCUCAACGACUACGGGCUGCUGCCCGUGGCGAACGCGGAGCACGCCCGGAAGCACGUGGUGGCCUACAAGUCGCCGGAGUACCGAGAGGGGAGGCGGAUCACGAGGAAGACCGACGUGUGGGCUCUUGGGAUGCUCGUGCUGGAGAUCUUGACCGGGAGGGAUGGCGGGGAGCUGGGUGCUUGGGUGGAGUCCUCAUGCGCCGCCACCGCCAGUACUGGCGGCGGCGGCGGCGGGGAGGGGGUGGAGGUGGUGUUUGAUGAAGGGUUGGUGGGAGGUGGUGAUGGAGAGUGGUGUGGUGAGAUGAGAAAGCUGUUGAGGAUAGGGAUGAGGUGCUGUGAGGUGGAUGUGGAGAAGAGGUGGGAUAUUAAGGAGGCUGUGAAGAGCAUUGAAGAGCUUAAGGGGAAUUAAUGAUGAUUAUUUAAUGCCAAGAUGUGUUUCUUAAUUACUUGUUUUAUAUUAGUAGCAUUGAUUUGCAUCUUUUUAUGCCAUGAAAUAUUUGUACUAAAUUGUUUUCUAUUCAUUGGAUUAAUUCUACCUGCCCGCUGCUGCCAUCUGCAAAUAAACAUUUUCAAUUUUC